AUAAAAACUCUGAAAUUUUUAAUAAAAACUCUGAAGCUGUUAAUAAAAAUUCGAUUUGGAAAGAUUUUGUUUACAUUUGCGUUAUCUGUUCCGAUAUAUUUACUGAAGCUGAAGAUAUAAUUAAUCAUUUAUGUGAAACAUUAAUACAUUUGAAACAGUUUAAGAACGUUUUUUCUACAUAUAAUUAUAUAUAUAUUGCAUCUAUCUCAAAGAAUCUUAAUAUAAAUAAAACACACAAUGUAAAAUCUAUAAUUUGUAGAGAUGAUGUAUCGAUUAAUGACAAAGUUUCGAAGGAAUAUAAUAUUAACGAAACACAACUGAAUACAGAGCAAUAUCGCGAUCAUAAUUUGAUGGUUACAACUGACUCUACUAAUGACAAAGAUGAUACACUUGGCUUUUUUAUAUCUUUCCGCAUAUUUAAGGAUCUUAUCAAUAAUAGUCCAAAACUAUUAACUUUACAUGCAGAAUCUAAAGAGACCAUUUUGGAUCGUUAUAAUAAAAUGUAUCGGAAAGAAUAUCUUGAUUUUGAGGAAAUCAUAUUUGCUUGCAAUGAAGGAAAACUCAAAGAAAUUAAAUUAAAUCUGCAAUUUUUCCUUCCGUCUUUUGGAAAAAUGCUCUGUCUUCUAUGUAGCGAUCUACAACAGGACGAUGCACAGGCGAUAUACGAACAUAUAAAUUCGGAAAAACAUUUUAAAAUCUUAAAAACUAUAAAGCUGCAAGAGAACAAGGAAUAUUUUGAGCUAUUAAAGGAACUAAUAAAAGUAGAACGUACAUCAGAUGUAAAUCUUCAACGUGCCAAAUGUUAUGCCUGCAACGAUAAUAUAAAGGGGACAUAUCUGAAUGCAUCUGAUAAAAAGGAUUACAAAUGGCAUAUACGUAUGCCUUCACACAGAAACAAACGCAAAUUACUACUUGAUUCGGUCAAGCAUAUACUAGAGGAUUUUCAGACUUUGUGGUAUAGCAUUCAAUACUUUGCUUGCGUUAAAUGCAAUAAUAGAUUCAAAAGGAAGAUAAAUUUUAUGGAACAUCUUAGUGUUAUGCACGAGGCAGUUUUCAAUAAGAAGGAUAAUUCAGAAUUUGAUUUUUGCUUAACGUGUGCCACUUUGUGGUAUAAAAACGAAAAUGUUAACGAAGCUACAUAUUUAACUUAUCAACAACACUGUAAGAAACAAUCGCAUCGGUUUAAAAAGAGUAAUGACUUCGCAAUUACAUCAUUAUCGAAACCAUUACGAGAAUUAUUGAAAAACAUUGAGAAAAUUGCUGCUGAUUUGUUUAAAUCAUCAAAUGAUGUAUUAAAUGAUCCGAAAACAAUUCAACUCAGGGAUACUUUAAAGCAUAUCUUCGAAACUCAAUUACCUGUAGAGGUAUGUAUAUUCGGUUCAAGAAUCACUGGCUUAGCAUUACCAAAAAGUGAUAUCGACAUAUAUCUCGACUUUGGUGACGAAUGUACCGAUCCCGAAUUAAUAAAAAAUAGAAGUAAACAAAUUCAAGAUUGUUUAAAAACCGAUCAUGAGAAUUGGAAUAUAGAAUUAACUUUGGAUAAGAGUAGGACUCCUCUAAUAAAAGUGAAACACAGAUUAACAGGAUUGCAGUGCGACAUCUCGUUUAUGAAUAGUCUCUCGGUAGAAAAUUCCAAGUUUAUUAAGUCUUUUAACAUGGCGUAUCCUCCGUGUCGAAAAUUGAUAUUGUUUUUAAAAAAGUGGAUCUUGUUGGGAGACUUAUCUGGUUCUAAGGAAAUAUUCGGAAUAUCGAAUUAUGCUCUUGUUUGGAUGGUCAUAUUUUAUUUGCAAGUCAGAUUUAAAGUAAAAAGUGUUGCUGCUUUAAUCGAAACCUAUAAUCAAUCAAAAAUUGUCGCUGGUAAGUGCUGAGAAAUUUACGUAAAAAUGCAUUGUUAUAAUUCAUCUACGAUUGGAAAUCUACAAUUGGAAAAAUUAUAAUAGUAAAUUGCAAUAUUAUA